AUGGGCAAAACCGAGAUCCGAACCGUCUGCAAAGUCGACUUCGACAAGCCCGCCUCUGAACAGCCUCAGCUCCAUAACAGAUGGCACCCCGAUAUCCCCUUUGCCGGCACCAUUGCCGACGGCGAGACCGUCAAGAUUGAGUGCAUCGACUGGACCGGCGGGCAAAUCGGCAACAACGACUCGGCAGACGACAUGAAGAACGUCGACCUAACCAGGAUCCAUUACCUUUCGGGACCCUUUGAGAUCGAGGGCGCCCAGCCCGGUGACUUGCUGCUGGUGGAGAUCAUGGACGUGCAGCCGUUCCAGGAGCGGCCGUGGGGGUUUACGGGCAUUUUCGACAAGAACAACGGCGGCGGCUUCCUGGACGAGAUCUACCCCUCGGCCGCCAAGGCCAUCUGGGACUUUGAGGGCAUCUACGCCACCUCGCGCCACAUCCCCGGCGUCAAGUUCGCCGGCCUGAUCCACCCGGGCAUCCUCGGCUGCGCGCCCUCGGCCGAGGUGCUGGCGACGUGGAACAAGCGCGAGGGAGAGUUGGUGGCCGCCAACCCCCUCGCCGACCGCGACGUCGCUCAUCUGCCGCAGCCCAUCAACGCGCACGCCGGCGCUGCCAGCAAGGAGGUCGCCGAGAAGGUGGCCAAGGAAGGAGCGAGGACGGUACCUGGACGCCCUGAGCAUGGAGGCAACUGCGAUAUCAAGAACUUGAGCAGGGGAUCCAAGGUGUACCUGCCUGUGCAUAUGGAGGGCGCCAAGUUCAGCGUGGGUGAUUUGCACUUUUCGCAGGGCGACGGUGAGAUUUCGUUCUGCGGCGCGAUCGAGAUGGCGGGUGUGAUUACCAUCAACUUCAAGGUGAUCAAAAACGGCGUGGAGGGGAUGGGACUCAGGAGUCCUAUCUACAUCCCGGGCCCCGUGGAGCCGAGCUUUGGGCCGGGGAGGUAUAUUUACUUUGAGGGGUUCUCGGUUGAUGAGCACGGGAAGCAGCAUUACAUGGACGUCACCGUAGCCUACCGCCAAACCGUCCUGCGCUGCAUCGAGUACCUCCGCCGCUUCGGGUAUUCCGACUACCAGAUCUACCUCCUGCUCUCGUGCGCGCCGGUACAGGGCCACGUGGCGGGUAUCGUGGACGUGCCCAACGCUUGCACCACGCUCGGUCUGCCGAUGGAUAUCUUUGACUUUGACAUCUCUCCCGCCGCGGCGCUCAAGGCGGCGGAGAAUAAGAGGGAUCUCGGUAGCUGUGCGUUUGAGACGGGCGUUACGGAGGGGAAGGUCACAAGAGGAGGGAAGAAUAGCCAGAUCAGCUGGGGUGGUGGGUUGACUUAUAAGGAGUAA